GCAGACAGAGAGGGGAGAGAGCCUGCUGACGCUCGGACUCCAUGGAGAUGAGCAGGAGAAACACAAGACAGCUUGGGAUCAACAGACUUGUCUGCUGUAGGAUGAUUGGCGGGUUCCUGUCCUGACACUGGGAGCAGAAUGCCUGGCGUUCCCUGUGGGGCCUCACCUCACCAUGCUGUGGCCAUCAACUGCUGCCUCCUCUUCCUCCUCCUCUUUCUUCUCCAGGCUGCGCUUGGUCAGAAGCCGGCCAAACUGCCCCUGGUGGACCGCAAACCCUUUGUGGCGGCCUGGAACGCCCCACUGGAUAUGUGCACGCUCAAGUACAACAUGAGCAUCAACCUGGAGCUCUUCCAGAUAUCGGGCAGCCCACGAUCUGUGCACAGAGGACAGAAUGUCACCAUUUUCUAUGCCAAUCGGCUGGGCCAUUACCCCUUCUACAACGAGGAGGGAACACCCGUCAAUGGGGGCCUGCCGCAAAACUGUAGCCUGGAGGCCCACCUGCGCAAAGCUCACCAGGACAUCUGCCACUUCAUUCCUGCGGAGGAUUUCCAGGGCCUGGCCGUCAUCGACUGGGAGUACUGGCGCCCGCAGUGGAGCCGCAACUGGCACAAGAAGGACAUUUACCGGCAGCGCUCGCGCGAGCUGGUGACGCAGGCCUACAUCAACGUGACGGAGGAGCAGGUGGAGGAGCUGGCGCGACGCCUGUUUGAGAAGAGCGCCCGGGCCUUCAUGAAGAAGACCUUACAGCUGGGCACCCAGACCCGGCCCAACGGCCUCUGGGGCUACUACCUGUACCCCGACUGCCACAACUACAACGUGCACGAGAAUGACUACAGCGGCAACUGCCCCCUGCUGGAGAGCCUGCGUAAUGACGAGCUGGAGUGGCUCUGGAGCAGCAGCACGGCCCUCUUCCCCUCCCUGGCCAUCCGCAAGGCCAUGGCCGACAGCACGCGCAACAUGCACUUCUCCCAGAACCGGGUGAUGGAGUCGUUGCGUCUGGGGGCGCUCACCUCGCUGCCCUACGAGCUCCCCACCUACGUGUACACACGGCUGGGCUACAGGGACGAGGCUAUGGCCUUCCUCACCCAAAAAGACUUAAUUCACACCAUUGGGGAAAGUGCAGCCCUCGGUGCUGCAGGUUUUGUGAUCUGGGGAGAUCUUAACCUCACCUCAUCAAGAGUCAACUGCUCUAAGGUGAGGGCCUUCAUGAACUACCGACUGGGUCAGUACAUCACCAAUGUGACGCGGGCGGCCGAGGUGUGCAGCGAGUACCUGUGCCAGUCCAACGGCCGCUGUGUGCGGAAGGACCCCAGAGCCCUGCACUACCUGCACCUGAGCAAGCCCAGCUACCGCAUCACGUCCCUGAGGAACGGCUCCUUCAGCGUCACCGGCCAGCACUCCGCGCAGGACUACCAGACGCUCAGCCAGAGGUUCCAGUGCCACUGCUACCAAGGCUACGGAGGAGAGCGCUGUGACAGCCUGGACAGAGACAAAGACAAAGAGAGGGAGAAGGAGGAGGAGGAGGAGGUGGUGGAGGAAGGCGGUGAAAAGGAGACAGAGGGAGAGAAAGAGAAAGAGGAAGAAGAAGGGAAGGAGGAAGAAAAAGGGAAGAAGGAGGAAGAAGAGAAAACAGAGGAGGCGAAAGGAGGAGGAGCAGAUGGACGAGAGGACAGAGAGUGCUGCCCCACAGACCUCACACACCGCUGGGCUCAUUAUUCUCCUCCUUGUGCUUCACUUGUGUGUGUGAGCUUCAGGUUCUUGUGUUUGUAUUUUACACAUUGGUAGGACGAGCUGAACUGAUUAGGAUGAGCUGUCCUUUAGGAAUGGAUAUUCCCACUCUCUGCAGAUGGCACAUGAGAUGACUUAUUUUUGUAUCGAGUAACUUCAGGGUAUGUUAGCGCAUAAUUGUGAGUGUAUCUGUAGGCAAAAUGACGUAUAUGUUGCAUACCAAAUUAAGAUGAAUGAGUUUAUGCAAUGCCACAAUUUGACAGACAGCUGUAUCAUGUGUUUGCACCCACACAUACCUCAGAUGCAGCAUGUCCCACAGAUGCUAUCAGAGCUGCAGAAGUAAAGGUGUGCUCAUGCAUCUUGCUUCUGAGGAGACAAUUCCUGUCAUGCAACUAUGCACUUCAGUAUCAUUGAUUAAAGUGACUUCAGAUUCCUUUCUUGGGGGAACUGGGCGGAGAACUGGAAGGACUUGACCGAUGCAUUUUUUAAGAGGGACUCUGGUACACGUCUGGACAUCUUUUCCAUGGUAGCACAGAGUUUGCCUUUGUGGUGUUCUUGAAUGUCCUGCUCACUGUGAUGGCCAUCUAAACUCAUAUUUAGGUACAAGAGGGACAGAUAGGCCAAUGUGGAGGAUGGUCUUGGCUGUAGUAUUUAAUGGUUAAAUACUUUAAGGCUGGAGCCGUCUGGACAAGACCAUUUCUGGGUUGGUGUGAUUCCGUCAUUUAUUCAUAGAAAGUCCUGAUGGCAAUUGCCAUGACAAAGCUUGCUUUUAGAGACGGAGGGUGAGUUGAGUGUAACAUAAAGCACAUCAACAAUACAUGUAGAAUGAAGAUUAGUGUCGUGUACUGAAUAUAUAAUCACAAUAGCUUUAUUUCAGGAAGCCUUUGACGUCUUAAAAUACCAUCACACUUGAUUGUACAGUACUUCUCUAACUAUUUGUUAAAGAAAGACAUUGAAUGUAACCAGACCAUCAAAUAUCACACCUUUUUUCACCAAUAAGCUUCAUAAAUGUUACUUGUUGCAUUAUCAAACAUUUGUUUUUUUAUGUCUAGAAUCAAACAAAUAAUCAUCAUAGUAUUUGUCAUUUAUAGACGAGUCCAAAUAUGAACAUACUGUUAUUGUUAUUACAGCCAAAUUAUGCACAUAAAUAAUGCCAAUGAAUAAAACCUGGUACUGCCUUGCUGCAUUCUCAAUACAGCCAGUGGAAACUGAGGUCCAAUUCAUACAUGGAGUUCAUAGAGUAUCUUGGGCAAGGCAACACUUGCUUCAUUCAUUCAUCUCAACAUUAAUGAUUAUUUUGUACAAUUUAUACAAACCUGUUUAUGCAUAGAUGUUUUCAGUAUUCAAUACCAAAUACACUAUGACGACAAUGCAAUGUGUGAUAAAUGUUGCUUGAAUGUUGAUGCACUGCAAAUAAAUGGUAAUCGUUG